UUCAAACGGAUAUAAAUCAUGGAUAAGAGAAUUUUGUAAGAGUUCCUAUUGGAUUUUUUAUUUCAUCAUUCAGAUUUUCGCAAUAAGCAAUAUAUGCGAGACAUCGAUGACAGAAACAUCCUUUGCGAAUUAUACGAACCUUCAACUAGCAAGACGUUUCGCGAUGAAAUUCGUGAUUUUAUUUUUCAAUUAAUCCAAAAUCGUCUGACUUUCACCGCAUGUGGAUUUUACGAUUUAGGUCAUUCAUUUUUAUAUAGUGCAAUUGGUUCGAUUACUACUUAUCUCGUUAUUCUUAUACAAAUGGGAGAUAAACCAAAAGUAUUCUCCAACGAAACAGACUAUAAUUCAACGUCCAUAAUAUAA